AUGGAACUUCAGAAAGAAUUAUCAAGAGAGAUUUCAAAUGAAAUAGAUAAGGAAAUCGACCAGGAGAUUGAAAAAGAAUUAAGAAUGGAAUUUGAAAAUCCACCAGAAAAAGAACAAAAACCCGAAAAGAAAAAGCAAAUACCAAAUGAAAAGAAAGCUCCACCAACCUAUCAAGAAACGAUCAAAGAACGAUCAGAUUUUCCAAGUUUUAGAAGUUAUCGCUACUCACUUUUGGAAGAAGAUGUACCUGUCAACUCUAAUCAUUUAAAAGAUCCUGAAUUCAUGCCAAAUGUAACGGAAGCAAUUGCCCAUUUAAGAUUAUUAAGAGCAUUUGGUGAAUUAAAAAGAAAAGUAGUUCUGAAUUUUAAAAACUCCAAUGAAGAAUCAGGAUCCGACUGGAUAUGGAAAUUAUUUGUUACUGUUGCCGUUAGAAGAUUUAUAUUAUUUAUAUCAGCUGUUAAAUUGCAUGCAAAUAAGUUACCUUCUGGUAAAAGAAAACUUGAAUCAACAACUGAUUCUCGAAGUCAGAAAAUGACAACAUUGCUCAAUCGAUUGGUUCCUCCAUGGGAUGUUCUUAUGGUUUGGCAUUCAUUCAUGUUGAAUCCCAUGACAUUUUAUGAUGUAUUUGCUAGGAAAGAUAUGUAUUAUUUUGUGAACUAUCCAUUUCCAUUGCAUAUUAUAGACACACAUAUCAAUGGUGAAACUUUUGAUUAUGUUGCUUCAGUAGAAUCAAAGAGAGAUUAUUUAACCUUUCUAGCAGAAUUUACCACCAAUGCCCAAGAUUUACAGUAUGAUCCCGACUUGUGUACAUUUUAUGAACAACUGGUGGUGUUCUACAGUCCAAAUACUCAUAUAGCAAUGACAGGUCCAGUUCCAUUGACAACAUCAAAUGGUACAGGAUUUGCAGAUCGCAAGUUCAAAACCAAAAGUCUAGGAUAUAGAUUAAAUGUACUUAAUGAGCAAUAUGGUGAUCUGUAUUAUAUAUCAUUUGAUGAAUUACGGAAAGUCAUUUUAGAUUACGAUCUUCAAAGUCCAAGGUUACUAGAAGGCAUAUUGAAGAAUUAUAGCAACACAUUAUGUUCACCGAUGUUCAAAAAUAGAGAUCCAGAACGUAUAAGCUAUCAUUUAGCAAGAGAUUUGAUAAAUGUAUCUAGAAGACCCGUGGAUUCCCCAGCUCUCAAAUCAAGUGAGCCAUGUCUUCAAGAGUUACUUGUUAGACUUACUUCAGGGAAGUCAAAUCGAUCUACAGUUCAAAGUUUGAUAUUAAGACCUUAUUUGAGAUUUAAUUUGAUAAGUUUAACUGUUUGUAAAGGAGUCAAUAUUGGGGAGGAUUUAGUUGAUUGUGUAUUUCGUCAAGGAAGAUUUAUUGAGAAGAUGAAUUCAAUGGAUUGGUUACAUUCUCCAGUGAUAAAAGAAGGAGUAAUGGAUUCUCUAUCAAGGUAUCACAGAUUUUUCCUGUUAUUAACUGAUGCAACUACAGAACGUAUGUUGGUACCAACCUUGGAUAUUGACUUGAUGUGGCACACUCACCAGUUGAUGUUGUAUGGUUACAUUCGUGAUUGCAAGUCAUCACCUUGCCAAUCUGUCAUUGAUCACAAUGAUAAAGUCGAAAAGAUGCCUUUGGAUGAUGGGUUUGAAGCGAGAACAAAAUUAUACAAAGAAAGAUACAAUGAAGACUAUUCUGUGUGCUUUUGUAAUGAUUGUAUAUCAAAGAGAACUGGGAAAUUAUCAAAGAUAGCUAAUAUUUUCAAGCUGCUGAAAAAGUCAAAGCCGUGGUUGUCGGCAGAAUCUAAUCCUUUGUUUCUAAAAGAAGGUGAAGAAGGUGUAACUCAUUCAAGUGAAGACUGUUCUGUUUCUAAAUUGGUUUUAUGUUCUGGAAAAGCAGGUAAUUGUUGUAAAGUAGAAAGAGAUGUUUCAAAGAAUGGAAUUGCAGUGGAUGGUGUAUUCCGUGGUGGAUUUUACGUGUUUACUGAUUGCGCAGGUGGUUUGGGAGUUGAUCCUAGGUAUUAUCGAUGUAUGGCAAAUCAACUUGCUUCAUGUACUGGUGUUUGUACUGGCCAUGGUUAUUACUCUAAACGUAAACAUGAAAUCCGGGGGACAUAUGCUUUUGGGUUUGGAGGAGGAGGUACUGGAUGUGGAGGAGGGGGCGGAGGAGGAGGAGGUGGUGGUUUUUAA